CACACCAGGGAUCAGUGCGACGGUCGUCGAGUUGUAGUUGUUGUUGUUCUUCUUCUUCUUCCCUUUCCCCUUCUCUUGUUCACGGUGUCCUGGGCACAGACGUGGUCAUUUCCACUCCACACAGCACACCCACCCACGUACCUGCUGUGCCUUCCAGUCUCCUGAGCGGAUCCAAGCACACUUUUUGAGGCAGCAAGCAAGCGCCACUCCACGACGGGUGGCCCGAUCUGAGGAUCUGUCCUUGUGUGUGUUCUGUUCUGGCUGGAGCAACACACGUCACGACGACCACACUUGCCUAUUGCACUUUCAACACCACCACCACCACCACCACCACCUCGACCACCUCGACCACCAUCAGCCCCACCACCGCUUCACGAUGGACGAGGCCCAAGUCGAGGAGUUGGUGGGCAACAUCAACAUAUCUGCCGCCAUCAACGGCAUCCACAGGGAUGAGGGCGACAGGGAGUUCUGGACGGACCUGUGUUUUGAUGAGGAAACCAUGCCCCGAAACCUCAACCAGCCCUUUGACGCAGCGGAGAAGAAAGACAGCUUCAAGCGAAUCCUCAAAGACGGCAUCCACCUGUGCCUGCGUGCCUUGUCUGACCUUCCCGUGGACGAUCGCAGCCACAAUGACGCCGUCUCGAAACAACUGAUCGACCUUGUCCACAACCUUCCACCUGAGGAUGGCAGUGACGACCAACAGCAGCAGCAGCAACAACAACAACAACAGCAGCAGCAGCAGCAGCAGCAGCAGCAGCAGCAGCAGCAGCAGCAGCAGGAAGAUCGUGCCCAACGGGUUGCAGAGAGAGUUAUGGAGCUGCUGGACAAUAUGGACGAGAACACGGAGCUGCUCUUUGACUUUAACGACGAGGAUCACGUGUUAUGCUUUCUGCAGCACCUGCGGCGUUCAUACAUGGGCCCUUUCAGCCCUGCUCGCCGUGGUCAGCACAGACACAUUCGCCUGCUGAUGCAACACCUUCAAUCUGCGUAUGACCUCAGCGUCGACGAUAUGGAAGUUCUCGUGAACACCGCCAACGACCUCGCGUGGGCCGAGGAUGCAUCCACCAUCUCCCUACCGAUCCUGGACGAGCUUGCCCGGAAGAUCAACAGAGACAGCGCAGACACCACAACUGACACCAACACCAACGCCGGCAACACCAACGACAACGACAACAACACCAACACCCGACCUGCCGAAAGCCUGAGUCAGUUCAAGCAUCUCAGCUCCAAGCUGACAAGCCUCACCCCGCCCGAGUUCCGGGCAUGGGCCCAAGCGUUUUACAACCAUCACCAGGAGAACGAUCCCACGGUGCUGAAUCACAAGAUCACAAGGGCGCUUCGGCGGUAUCCGCUCUUGCGUCACGGAUACAAGCACGUGGAGAAGCUUGAGUUCUUCGAAAACGUCACGCAGGAAGACAUGGCCAAGGUGUACAAGUCACCAGCGAAGCGGGUGCUCCUGAGAGACCCGCUCAACUUUGCCCUCGAGUACAACAAGCUUGCAGCCAAGUUCCGCAAGCACAUCAGGCGCGAGGUGGCGAAGCUGCAGAAACUUGAGCGCAACCGCGAUUUGUCCACCAGGCCGCUCCACAUGUUGCAGCUGCUGGUGGACGACUUCACGGUGACAAUGGACAACGCCCGCACCGUGCGCGCUGCCAAGAUCAAGUGUUUGGUGAAGGGCAGGUACCCCAUCAUCAGACGCCAGGUGACAAACGCGAACGGGCUCACGCUGAUGCUGACCGGCCUGCCCAACGAGCAGACGUAUGUGUUUCUGAACGCAGAGCAGUCGGCGAAGUUCAACAACUACCGCGACGGCACAAACCCUUCCAACAGCAGCAACAGCGCCGACGCGAGGGACAACAGCACCAAUGGCAGCAGCAGCAACAGCAGCAAAACACGCGACGCGUCGGCGCGCUUUGUUGUGGUCGCACUGCAAAACGAGGAUGAGUUCAAGACCCUGCAGACAACCAUCCUUCAGACGGAGGUGGGCACGCAGCGCCCAUGCAGCUGGCACGAACUGGUUGAGCAGUUGUCAUCCUCGACCUCGCUCAAUGGCGGUGGUGUUGAUGGAGGCAGACACACCGUGGAGGAGCUCGUGUUUGAGACGACGAACGAUGACGUGGUGCUCACCUUCAACACGAGGAACAAGGCCAUCAACCCUCCCAGCAGCCCUGCCUUCCACAUCAUCCCUGUGACCAGCGCCACCACUGUUGUGCACGGCUCCCGCCACGGCCACGACAACCGCAGCCGUAACGAUGGUCAUGACAGUGAUGACGGCGACGGGAAUGACAAGGCGAGCAACCGUGGCAGCGGCCGCCACAGCGGGCGUGGCUAUGAUGAUGAUGGCGACGACGACGACGACGAGGAACAUGGUGGUACGCUGGCAGCAUCUGCUGAUGGUGACCGUCACGAUUGGCCCCAGGAUGCUGAUGCUGACGAGGAUGCUGACGAUGGUGGUGCUGUGAGCAGCAUCCCAUGUGUGCCACUCUGUCUGAUUGUGAAACGUGAAGGCAAUGGCAACAUCGCGCCCGACACAAGCAACCGCAUCUCCCACCUCUCAAACAUGUUCCACGGAACGGGACGAGCACAACAACAGCAGCAACAGGCUCACCAGCAACAUGCUCAACAGCAGCGGAGUCUGCAGCUACAAGUUCAGCCACCGCAUGCAGAGACACUGCGCGGCGUGGAUUUCUCGCUGCCCGUGUUUGAAGGGCUUCUCACCCACAACAAGAAGGACGACGUGCCUUCCCGCCACAACAUCGAGUUGCUCGUGCACCACGUCUCGCCGACACAAUGGGCACAGCUCUCCUCCCCAUCGGCCGGCACCACACCCGCACCCGCUUCCACCACGACCGCUGCCACAACCGCCGCCAUCACAACCGCCUCCACCAGCACCAGCACCAGCAACAAAAACAACAGCAACAGCAACACGAUUCCACGUCUGAUGGCCUGCUUUGAUGAUGCACCGUGCGUGCCGUACACGGGCAGGCGCCAACGGCUCAUCAUCGACCCGACCCGCCUUGCGUCCCCGGCCGAAUUCGACGCGUGCGUGGUGUGGCAGGCGUGGUUUUCCGCGGGCUAUCCCGCCAUGUCGUUUGUGGCGUGCAACACGCACCUGCUGUACCUUGCCGAUUACGCACGCUACUCGUACUCCAUUGACUUGAGCAACGUGUACCACCUCGACUCCAACAACCUCACGGGCGUGCUGAAAGUGAUCCAGGCGCGGUAUGCCGACCGCAGCUGGCGUGGCAUUCGCGUAGUAGUGCUGCACCUCCACCGCACCAUGGCCCCACACGACAUCGCCCGCGUUCUCGACAUUGUGCACAGCCUGCCCAACCUGAUGACACUCAUCGGGUAUGAUCCCAUCACCCUGAGCCGCAUCAGCGCGCUUGGUCGCGCACACCACCUCCCGCCCUGCAUGCACGAGAGCGAGGACAUGCGCGCAUACGUGCAGCACCACGUGGCCCCGCACCACGACCGCGUGCUUGUACUCUCCAUGGUGCCCAAGAGCGCUAACCAGGUUGUUCCGUUCCGCUCCGACUCCCAGCGCGGCUUGGGCAGUCUCUUUGUCCUUGCAGACCAACUCGUCACCUCUCAGCCAUCGAGGAUGCACCCGCUCAUCGCACGCGACGCCGAAGUGUUGACGCGCCUGGCCAACAUUGGUGGUGAAGACAGGCGGGGCGAUGACGAUGGUGCUGGCGUGUGUCUGCGCUGGCCGCUGGACACCACGCUCCAUGACGUUCUUGUACCACGCACGUUGCACCACAGCAGCAGCAACAGCAGCAACAGCAGCGACCGUCGCCAUCCCGUGCAUGCUCAGGAAGCACCCGCGCAGCCAAUGUUCGAGGUGGUUGUGGUGGUGGAGGCGGAGUCCAGCGCCGCUGCACGUGCUUGCAAGCAACUGGACGCCCGCACGCUCGUGGUGAACUGCCGCACGCAGUUGGACGUGGACGAGUUUCUCAAAGACAACAUGCCCUCUGCCGCCACCAGCAUUGUGCUGUUUGAGGCAGCGCACCUGCUGUCGUGGAAGACGCGCACACGUGUGCUGCGUGUCCUCCGUGACCACGCACUCACUCGCCGUGCGACGUCCGACUUUUCAAGCAGCGACAGCGGCGUGUCCACGCGCGCAGGGAACCCGGUGUCCUCGCCACAAUCGUCGUCAUCAUCGUCAUCAUCGCGUCGCAGAAGAUCGGGUGCAGGAUCGACACGGGCACGCGGACGCAACCCCACAACAGCAACAGCGACAGCAGCAGCAGCAGCUGUCACUUCCGGCAAUGCUGCAUACCAGGCAGACGACGUGUCGCCGCUGACCGUUGUCAUGCAAGAGACAGCACCCGAUCCACGGUAUUAUGUGCUGGACAUGGGGCGUGUGCCCAUCACCGUGCUGCGGUAUGGUGCUGGUAACGUCGGCAACAUGCCCACGUCGCAGCAGAACAGUGCCGCUGGGCAAGACGAUGCCAUUCAGCGUACGGUUGCGCACGCAUCGUGGCUGUGUGGCCAUACGCGCCUUGCCUCCGUCACCAUCACAGAUGCAGAUGUCGCCAACGCCACGAGCACGCACGACCUCUUGACCUCGCUGCACGAGAACAACGCGGCCCACCAACUCAGGCCAACGGAGCUCGCCUUCUUGUCCCACAUUGCCACCCAGCUGCAUGCCCGAGCCACAGCUCCCACCGCUGACUUCGGCGACUCGGUCGAAUCCAUCGGCGAUCCGCUGCAGCUGCUGUGCGUUGCCAUUGCCCGCACUCUGCAUGCACGCAACACCACCAGCGCCAGCAACACCAGCAGCAGCAACACGGGCCGAGCCAGGAGCCAGCAUCACAGGCGGUGCCCAAGCGCCCAUGUGCUGUCCUUCCAGCAGUUUGUGGAGCAUUCAUCCCUGGCCACGUUUGCCAGCCAGCGUGCCCGCGUUGCAUUUUACGUGUGCUACCUGUGGGCACUCGGCAGCGCCCUGAUGCGUGCACGCGGGGAAGCGCAGCGCAGGUCCGGUGCAGACAGCAGCGGCGGCAGCGUUGGUGGUGGUGAUCGUGUGACAGCUUCACUGUCCUCGACCAGACCAUCUUCGCAGCCCCAUCCACUGUUUGCGGAUGACGAUGAUGAUGAUGACGAUGAUGAUGAUGCUGAUGAUGAUGACGAUGACGAUGUUGAUGAUGAGCCCCAUAUCAACGGCUUCUCCACCAGAGGACAUCACAGGCACACCUACCACGAUGGUGCUGCUGAUGAUGAUGAUGAUGACAGCAGCCUCACCCGUUCUUCGGCCCCGGCGUCUCCUUCCUCAUCGUCGCAAACAGGGUCCUCUUCCCGCGGAACUGAAACAACAGCAGCAGCGCUGCUCGCCCCGCUCCUGUCGUCCAGCGAGUGCGUGCACAUUCUGAGGACCAUUUGUGGUAGCCGGGACGAGGUGGGUGGCGCCAAGGAUACCGCCUUUGCUGUUCGCAACAUCAUCCGCUCAGAUCUGCUCGCCUCCUUUGAUGUCGGCUCCGCCGAUGGCAGUGCCGUGCGCGCGCAACAGUCGAGUGGCAGUGCUCUUCCUUCCGCCCGCACCCCAACGUACCUGCUCUCCAAGACGGCGGGCUGGGCAACAACGCGAGAGGGCCUGUACGAGGCUGUUGUGUCAGACCACCUGCUGGACUGGAACAGGCUUGACGCAUCGUGGGCAACGUUCCCCUUUGGCGCCGAUCUGCUUGCUGAGAUUGUGGUUGCAGGCGUGCACCCGCUCGCCUAUCUCCUCUCCAUCAUGCCGCAGAGCCUGGCCAGGCUGCUGCAGUCCCGUGUGCUGGAGAAGACGCUGCGCCACAACCAGUUUCCGUCCCGCCUUUUGGAGCAGCAGCUGAGGGGCGUGGACGAGCUGGUGGACCUUCAGCAGCAGUGCGAGGACAUUGGCACCGUCAUCUCCACCCCCAUGCGCGAGACGGUCGCCGCCCUGAAGUGGACGCUGGCAUCGCACGGGCUGCUCAGCUUGGACGCAGUGCCGUUUACGGCGCAGCACAUGACCAUGGUCACAGACAUCUUUGAGAUUCGCAAGGACACUGCCUUGACCAACAACACCCUGUACAUGUGCGCAGCGCUGGACACAGACCUGGCGACCCAUCGCGCCAUUGAGAAGCGGCUGGUGAAGAUGACUCUCCCAGACAUCGCUGACGAUGACGAGCUGCUUGUGAUUGGCGCUGCGUACGUGCACGCCGUGCUUCGCGAGAGGAAGCGAGGAGACAGCAGUCACGCUGCCGCAUUUGGUGCUCGGGCCAGCGUCACACCUGCGCGGGGGCGCUCCGACAACGUGCCACUACGCCACGCUCUGCCUUACAUGGCCAGCAGCAUGAGUAGCUAUGCGGUCACGUUCACGCCAGCAGCUAUCGGCACACUGCUUGGAGACGUGAUUGACCCCACGCGCCACACCACGUCCCUGGAUGAAGAAGCCACACAGGCUGUCGCCUCCACGGGAAUCGCAGGCGUGCAUGGAUCAUCACCAUCAUCAACGUGGCUGACUCUGCCUGCCGUUCUCACCCUGGCCAUCGGGAGCGCCGAGCGAGCAGCCCAAGGCAGCAACAGCAGCAGCACUGACACUCGCAACGUCGACAGGAGCGGCACUGCUGCCGUGGGCGGGUCUACUCCCAACAGCUUCUUGCACUUCAUUGCAGCGUGCUUGGACGAACUCAAAUCCCUGUCAUCAAAGCUGUACGCAGCGUGCCUGCUGCGACAGAAGUGCGCACAGAAACACCCACACCUGUGUAUCACAGAGCUGGCUGAAGCGCUGGUACACAGCGUGUCAUCGACGUCAUCAUCGCCAUCCAUCGCCAUUGUCCGGUUCGUGUGGACACCUUCCGAUGACAGUGCAAGGAAGGGUGUGAUGAGCCUCUUCCAAGAGCAGGGCGAGUGCUGCACAGCAUGGCACGCCCCCAUGGCAGCAGCGGAAGCAGCAGCAAGUGCAGGAGAAGCUUCACAGCGUGCUGCUCAUGAUGAUGACGAUGAUGACGAUGAUGACGAUGAUGACGAUGAUGGCAGUGGUGACGCAGCAGCUUUGGCGUCACAGACACCUUUGCACAGUGCGUCCGCCCCACCUGUCCUGCACGUGCUGUUGGACGACAAGUCACGCGCUGUGCGUCGCACGAAACAGUCCUCAGACGUAACGCCGCUGUUUGAAGCCAUCGAGUGUCUCUUCCCCAAGAACAAGCAGGGCGCAGAGCAGUGUCUGGCUUUCUUCCAGCGCUGGUGCUGCGGCGACCUGCAUCCAACGCUGCAGCGCGACACUGUCCUGGCCAGCGUGUUGUGGGCCGUGUUUCCAGGCAAUCUCGUCGCUCCCCCACUGUGGCUGGUGGACGCGCCACGCAGUCAGCGGAAUGCCCACAUGAAGCUGCUCAACGACGUCAUUCUCAAGUGCGCGUGCGAGCGCAGUCCAUGCGGUGUUCACGCACUUUCCCAAUUUGGCCUGACAGUGUUCCGCCCCUCCGAGGCCUAUCCUUUUUCAAGCGAACACUUUACAGCGUCACUUGCCAACAAGAGCAGCCCUCCACCCAUCCUGAUGCAAGAGACGGAGCUGCUCUUUCACCGCCCCGUUGUCGAUAGCGAGCCUGACCUCAACCUCGCGCCGCAACAGCGCCAGCGAAUCAGAGAAGCUUUGCGCGCCGUGGAAAGUUGUACUGAUUUUCACGAAUUCGUUCAGCAGUUCAUUUGUGCUGAGGACGGUGACGAGGAUGGUAACAUCAAGAGCAUGUUGUCGUUGAUUCUCACAGAGGGGCUCACCUUCAACUGCAUCGCACAUCUCGUCAAGACGGCUUUUGUCAUCAUCAAGGCCAAAUCGAUCCUGGAGGACCAGAAGGCAGAGGCGCAGCUGCACACUGAAGAUGAGGAAGACGAAGGCAGGUCCACGAAUGCACAAUCCCACGACGCCCUGGAAAACGGGUUGGAGAAGCUAGCAGCACAUGAGACGGUGAUCAGUAUGUUCCUCACAUCGGCCAGACUCAACUUUUCCAGUAUUGUUGAAGAGGUGUUUUCGGUUGAUGACAGUGUUGAUGAUGGUGAUGAUGCUGCAAACCUGAAGGGGCGUGGCCAUGGCAAUGGAGACAGUGGAAAUGACGAAGAAGAACAAGAACAAGAAGAAGGAGUCGAAGAAGAAGAAGACAUGAAAGACGAGGAGGAGGAGGAGGAGCAAGAGCAGGAGCAGGGUGGAGCAAGUGGUGCGCGUGCUGCCGCUGAAAUGGAUGCACAUAUUCGUUCCCAGCUCGAGAGUGCCUCCCUUGACGUCGGGUACCAGGCUGACACCGACAACCGCGACUGGACACACAUUCUCAUGCGCGCGUGCGAGCCUGAUUCUUUCAUCGAGGAUGUCACGUGUUCUGCGACACGUGUGACGAAUGGCACGUUGAUCGUGGAUGCACGUCCCAUCUCUCACGAUGCCCAAGACCAUUUGGAACAGCAACAGCACCAGCAGCAACAGCACCAGCAGCAACAAGAGCAUGCUUCAUCCGGUGCGAAGCCGUCAAUGGUUCUGUUUGGGCCGAGCUUGCUGAGCUACAUGGCAACCAUCGACCUGAUGUUCCGCUUCGACCCACGCUGCAUCCCACGCGUGAUGCGAGCCCUGCCCUACGACAAGUACAAGAACGCCGACAGCAGGAUUGCAGCAGUGAUGCUCGAGGUGAAGAAACACUACAAGGACACCGUGGUGCAAGUGUAUCAGCUGAUGUCCUCGCUGGACCAAGCGACAGCAGCGCAAGGGGAAACCCCACAACAGGAGCUUGGAGUUGACUGCCUUCGAGAGCUGUUGAGCGCGUAUGGUCAGGAUGCCUGUGAAGGCAUGGGGCACUUCAUGGUGAUUGCAUCUACAGCACCCCGCCAUGCGUACAUGGCGGUGUUUCCACGAGUGUCUCAGCGUCUCAGUCCGCCGCCACGCGACGCUUUCAAGUCUGCCCGCGAUUGCACAAUGGCUCUCCGUGUACCGCUGGGUUACGAGCGACGCUAUCGCAUGUGCGCGCUGAGUGUUUCGGACGCCGGCACCACACAUUCCCAUGCCCAUGCCCGUUUCGGUGACGAUGUCGCAAUGAUGGUCAGCUCCAAGGCGUCUCGGGUGCAACUGUUCAGCAGCACGAGCAGCAGCGUGCCGCCACCGCCACGCCAGGUGGCCACGUCCGCAGCUGCGCUUGGCGGGAGCCCGAACGAUGCAUCCAAAGCACUGGCAGCGCUGCAAUCCGCGUGUGUGUUGGAUGUGCGUGAGCUCAUCUGCGUUGAGCCUGAUCCAGCAACGGUGCUGAACACGACGCCCGACGACCACCAAGGCGACGACUCUGAGCCCUACUUUGAGGUCAAGUGUCUGCCGGGACAGCAGUGCGUGUUGGUGAAGGAUUACGCGCACGUCCUGGACAGAUCGGGUAACAACAACAGGGGCGCUGGCAACGUGAACUAUGCACUCAAACGUGCCUUCCCCACAGACUUUCUUCGUGUCGUGGCUGACAUGAGCGCUCUGGGCGAGAACGUGGAAGUGCUGGCGGCAUUUGACACCUUCCACGAUGCCUGGCUCUUCCUGGACACGCACCUCGGCUCCAAGGCCCUCGCUGUUGGGCAGAACUGUGUGCUGUACCGCACCGACAUGUACAGCUGGGAUGUGUCCCUCCCCGCCAGUGAGACGGGCGCAGGCAGCGGUGCUCCAAUGCCUGCAGGCAACACCAGCAACGACAAUCCCUUCAACGCCAAUUUUUUGAUGGCCUUGCACGCAGAGCUGGGUGGCUCCUUCUUGCCAUCUUCUGUUGCAACCCUCUUUGAGAAGCUGUUGCGCGCGGGCGAUGAAGAGGUUGCAACAAUGGUCAGCUCCGCACUCAACGCAUACGCGAAUGGAGAGAUGGUCACCUUCAAGGGCGUGUGCGACAGUGCACUGAUCGACCCCACAACACCGCACGUCGUGGAGGUGUGGAACGCCAUGCUGAGCUGCCUCGGCACCCACCACCGCGCCAUCAUCCAGCUUGCGCUUGGCAGUGGAUACAGCAAGGCAGAGCACAACCUGUGUCUACUGCACAAGUUGUCGCAAAGUGAUCUGAUGCGACGGCAAGUGGCUGCGGGCGAUGGUGGCUCAGCAGCAGGUGGCAACAGCAGCGGGAAGGGGCGGUUCAAGUUUGUUGAUCUGUUGCGUUAUCGCAAGGACACGCGCUCGCUGUUUGCAAAGGGGCAAACCGACGUGCUGCUGGUUGGAUUCAGCACCCACAUCGCGACCAAGGCAAGCCGGGAUAUCAACCAGCAACAGGAACAACAGCAGCAACACCGUGGUGAUGCGGGCGAGGGUGAGGUUAACGCCGGCACGGACACGGGCACCACCUCCACCUCCACGACCACGCCUGUUCAGGAUGCACUGUCCAAGCUCGAGCAGUGGCUGGUAAACGUGCUUGUGUCGCCACUACUGCCCUCCACCAAGCGAGGAUUUGUGAACGUGAUCAAGUCUGCCAACCCAGAGAUGGCGCGCCUGGGUACCGAUCGCAACUACUUUGUUGCCAGCCAGGACUGCGUCAUUGCCAUCACGCUCGCCAACAGCUGCCCGAACGAGCGCCGUCGCAGGGCGCUGAGCAACCUCACGGACAUCACAGCCAACAACCAGAACUUUGAGGAGCUUCGCACAGCCAUCCGGCGCAAAGACGACAUGUACGGGGUGCACGUGUGCAAGCCAAUGUUCCAGCAGCUGCGUAAAGUCGGCAAUGAGCUGCUGGGGCCUUUUAUCGCCUCGCUCGACUUUUCCGGCCACCGUGCGGACGAUUCUGAUCGCUACCUCAAGAUCACCUCCUGCUUCAACAGCAACUGCCACUUUGUGUACGUGAAAGGGCUGCGGCAGGCCAGCGACCUGUUCCUCAAGCGCUGCUGCGAGUUUACAGAGCAGUGGCCCUGGCGGUACAUCUACUUUGAGAACCUGGACAUCCGCUUCAACUUCCCCGAGAUUCGGGACCGGUUUGUUGUGGGAGACCAGGAUCAACUGCAGCAGUUUGUGGACGAAAACACGUGGAUUCGCUCCUUCCCGCGCUAUGAGGGCACUGGUGAUGCUGCUGCUGGUGACGAUGGUGAUCGUGAUGAUGGUGUUGGUCGUGAUGGUGAUGAAGAUGGUGAUGAUGAUGUUGAUGAAUGGACGAAACAAGUGAAAGGGUACAUCUCAAACAGCAAGCGGUGCGUGGUGCUGCUGACGUCGCCGCCGGGCGCUGGCAAAACACAUUUUGCCCACGAGCUGAUCCGCACUUACAACGCCGAGAUUGGUGGCAACGACAAUGACAAGGGCAAGGGCAAGAAGGAGCAGAGUGAGAACAACAAUGGGAACAAGGGCAAGAACGUGUACUGCCACCGCUUUGACUGCAGCAACGACAGGCUGGUGACGGAGAGCCUGUCUGUGCUUUUGGAUGAGCAGUUUUCACGCCACAACGAGGCGUUCCUGGUGGCAGACGAGUUUCACUUGCUGUCGGCAUCGCAGAAGGAGGAGCUGUUUGACUGGAUCCGCAGCAACAUGUCGCGUGUCAAGGUGCUGCUGAUUGGCAAUCGCGUGCUGAAGAUUGACGACAAGCUCAUGGACGACUUGCGUCGCGCCACCGCCCGCACGGAGAGCAACGGUCAGCAGCACGUCCAGGUGCAGAGCGUCAAAGUGCGCCUGACACCCCCGCGCAUCAGACGCAUUGCGCAGCAACAACGCAACGCCAGCAAGGCAGGCGGGCAGCAGCAGCAGCAGCAGCAGUACGCGUUGUCGACACAUGAUUCACGUGAUUCCGAGUGGGGCAAGGACUUGGAAAAGUGGUGCAGCCUGAUUUACCUGCUGCUGGGGGAGGAGGCGCUGAGUCUUCGCGACAUUGACGUGCUUGUGGCCGCAUUGCAGAAAAGCACGAACAACACGCUUGGUGGCAUACGAUCGGAGCAGGCGGCGGCGCUGUCAGCGGCCCUGCAGGCCAAGUGCCCGUACCUCUCUCCCCUGUUUGCAGACAGCCUGGGCGACGCGUUUGUGAAGCACAGAGGUGAUGGCACGUUGGACAAGUUUUCCAGCGGGCUGCUGCCAACAAUGCUGCUUGUGCUGAUUCAGGCCAUCCGCAACAUGAAGUGGCGGCAACUGUGCGAGAUCAUGCCCUUCUCCGCGUUCUCUGCGUCGUCCGCACAGCAACAAGUCCCCGUGCGUGAGCGCUGCCGCCGCUGGCUCAAGCGCCACGUGCUGCAGCACAUGGGCAAGCAUGGAACGCGGGACAUGCAUGACAUCAGCAAGGCGGUUGAUGGCCUUCAGGUGAGCGCGAGUGCUGCGCGCGGUGGCAGCGCGCGGGUUGACGCGCACACGUGGAUUGAGCAAGAGCCCUUCCCCUUCAUCCGGGACUACGAGGACGGCGACAAGGAAGGCCUUGCCGUGGGCAUUGCAGGCAACUACUCCGACAUUCGCUGGGUGCAGGAGUGCGUCGUGCACUCGCGCCCCGUCAACUGGGAGGAGGCAAGUGCGUGCUGGAAGCAGAGCCCAAUCACCGAUCUGUCCGACUUUGAGGAGCUUGUUCGCGACUGCCCAAACAAGCUCCUUUGUCUGGACGCCGUGUCCACAGACAAUCUGAUUGGUCUGGCGCUCCGCUCCGAGAUGAUGGCAAACGGGCCUGGCCUGUUACUGCAACAUAUGUCCGCUGUAUACACGCCGAACACGCUACCAAAGGCGCUGGAGCCCGGCGAUCACCUCCAGGACACGGUGUACAGGCACCUGUUUACCUUCUGGCGGUGCAUGCUGUAUGCCGUUGCACUCGGUGCUGAUGGUGCUGAUGGUGGUGCGGGCCAUGGUACUGGCAAUGGUACUCCUACCCUUGAUACCGGCGAUGGCGCCAAACGAACGCCCCGCACGCGGUCCAAGUGCCCGCAGUGGCUGGCAGCGUUCACGACGCGCAUUCAGCGCAGCAGCGAGUGCAUGGCUGCCAUGUUUGCGUGGGCGGCGCAGAAUGGCGAGGCGCUGCCACCUGUCGCCUGUGCACGUGGGAUGGAGGCCAGCAACAACGAGCGCGUGCUGGACAUGUUUGCUCGUUUCUGCUGGACCUUUGCCUGCGAUGACAAUGCCAGCGGUGGCGGUGGUAGUGGUGUUGGCGGUGGUGGGUGGUUCGAACACGUGUGCCAUGGCAUGUUCAUGGUGAAGAUGGAGCAUGUGCUCCAACAACCCUCACGACGCGCGCAGCUGCUGCCCGCGUUUGUCCAUCUACUCCGUCUCAACAAGACCACGCUUUCUGCGCAGAGCCACCCGUUCCUGCGGGCCCUGAGCUUGUUCCGCUUCCACGACAAGACGUGCACCAAGCUUGAGGACGACAAGGUGGAGCCAGACGCACUGCGUGACGAUCAACGCAAUAAGGCGCAGUUUGAUGGCGAACUGAAGCGCCUGUGGGGUGCUGCUCCACCUGGAUGCAUGGCCAGGCAGGAGCUGCGGUUUUUUGCCUCUCGAGUCCACAAACUACUGGAUAAUGCUACAAACAAGGAGGCCUUCAAGGAACUUCGUCACAUGAUCCAGUCUUGGAUGUGAAUGUUUGUGUGUGUGUGUGUGUGUGAUGUGUGUGUGUGUGUGCGAUGCGUGUGUGUGUGUGCGCGCGUGUGUGUAAGUGUGUGUGUGUGUGUGUGUGCAUGGGUGUGAAACUGUUCUUUCGUUGCGGGCUGCCCCAUUCGCGCCUUUCUUUCGUUUCUCUUUUCGUUUCCUACAAGUGAGAACCGCACGAAGACAAACCACUGCACGUGUGAACCCAG